AUGGCAAACAACGUAAUGAGAAAUAAUGUCGACGACAUUAAAACUGAUGUAUUGAAUGAAGCCGAAGAGCUCCAUAAUAAAAUGUCAUUACUUAUGAUAUUAAAAGAAUAUCUAAGAAAAAUGCGUUCGACCUGUGCAUAUUGUCAUAAUGUAACAUUUAAUAUGGUAAAUGGUAAACAGUUAGCAUUACACAUACUAGAAAAUCACCGUUUCGCUACUCUAGAAGUCGGAUCUUCUAAAGAAGUUGCUGAAAAAUUAGAAUUGAAUUUAAAAUAUUUAGAGAAUGUUUAUUAUUUAAAACAAGAUCACUGCGACAAAAAUGAUAACAUUCCAGUGACUUUACGUCCACGCGUAGUAUUUCCUCAUCGUAAAGUUGUUGUUGAGCCCCAAAUAAUAAUUAAUAAUUGGAUAAUUCCGUGUGAAAAAAACGAGAAAAAUAAGAAAGUUGACGAAUGUCCUCAAAUCAAAACUAAAAAAAAAAGAGAAACCUAUCAACAGGAUUCUUCUGAGAACCAACCUGAAAAGGUGACAAUUUCAUCCGAUGAUGAACAGUUGAUGUAUGAAGUUAGCCGAUGUCCUCAAACGAAAACUAAAAAAAAAAAAGAAACACAUCAACAGGAUUCUUCUGAAAGCCAACCUAAAAAGAUGACAGUUUCCUACGGUGAAAAACAGUUAAUAGAUAGAGAUAGCCAAUGUGUUCAAACGAAAACGAAUAAACAAAAAAAAGCACAUAAACAGGAAUGUUCAAAGAGAAAAAUGACCUGCGACGAAGAAGUUUCGGUCAAAAAACAAAAACGAGAACAAAAACCUGCGAAACCACGAAAAGGGAAAUCGUUAUUGAACAAAAUCAAACAUGUACUGAUGAAAUAUAACCCGAAUGGCAGAUAA